AUGGCCACCACCGACCCAAAGAAGAAGAUGGGAAAAAACAAGGCUUUUGCCUCGGGGUACGCCCUCACUAACGUGUUACGGUCAGAACCCCAGAUCGACAACGUCAUCUCCUUGCUUCUCAGCCACCUCGACCGUUUUGCCCAAACAGGGGAACAGACAAAGUAUUUCACAUUCACGUCGUUUGAUGUAACAGAGGAGAUCCUCUUCUCCAGUCAAUUCGGCUUCUUGAAAACAGGGACUGAUAUUGGGAACGCAAUUGCGAAUGGGUACUGGUUGUCAAUGUACGCUUCUGCCAUGGCAUUUUAUUAUUAUUUUCAUGUUGCGCCGCUGGGGAACCCGGUGGUUACCUGGUUGAAUAUUCUGCCUUAUGGGCAUUUAUUUGAGACGACGAUUAAAGCGAUGAAGACGAGGUUGCGGGAUGAAAGAGAUGAUGAGUCGAGGUUUGAUAGUGUGGGGUGCUGGUUUAGGGCGAUGGAGAAGGAUCCUGAGAGAAUCAAGUGGCGGGAUGUGCAGGCUGUGACGGUGAGUACGGUUGGGGCGGCGAGUGAGACGGUUAGUUGCGCUUUGCAGAGUUUUGUGUAUUAUAUGAUACGGACACCGGGGGUUUAG